GCGUUCAAUGGGCGUAUCAGGAUGUACUUGUUUUGCAACUUUUAGUGCAGGCGUUACUCAAACAUCAUAUUUGUAUAAGAACAUAUACCGUUGAAUUUAACCUUCACAGGUUAAAGUCUGUGCAGCUCCGUCGCUGAAAAUGGCAAACGUCGACCUCGCCCAAGUUGGAAAGAAUUUGUUGAAGAGUGGUGAAACUGGAGAGAAUGUGGAGCUGCAGUCUCUGUGGCAGGACCAGCCGGUGGUCUUGUUCUUCCUGCGCAGGUUUGGCUGUCAGGUGUGUCGGUGGACGGCAUCAGAGGUCAGCAAACUGGAGCCGGAGUUGAGAGCCAGUGGUGUAGCGCUGGUAGGCGUUGGACCUGAAGAGUUUGGGUUGAAGGAGUUUAAGGAAGGAGGGCUUUUCAAAGGAUCCCUUUAUGUUGACGAACAAAAGAGAACCUACAAGGAUUUGGGCUUUAAAAGGUACACAGCCAUUAGUGUGGUUCCUGCUGCUAUGGGGAAGAGAGUGCGAGAAGCGGCUUCAAAGGCCAAAGCUGCUGGCAUCCAGGGAAACUUCUCAGGAGAUCUGCUCCAGAGUGGAGGCAUGCUCAUUGUAGCUAAAGGUGGAGAAAAGGUCCUGCUACACUUUGUCCAGGAUUCACCAGGAGAUUACGUACCACUGAAGGAUAUCGCCAAGGUGUUGGGUAUCGCAGCUGAAGUAAAAGAAGGACAAAGGCCAGUGUGCAAUGAUGACAUCUGUACUCGAUGAAGACUGAGCAAACUAUCAGACACACCGGCAGGCUGACAUGGAAAUGAAAGAAGCCGAGUAACACCAAGUGAACUAGCUGAACAUGAAUGUCUGCCAAAAUUCCUAAUUGCUUGAAAUCCCUUUUUGACGUUUUAAUAUUUUAUUAUUUUAUUAGAUAAUGUGAAAGCUUUAGUGACACUCCUUUAUAAGAUUUACCUUUUCAUUAAAAUACAUUUUAAAAUGACAUCAUGAUCACAACAAUUAUAAUUUUUAUUCAUUUGCAUCUUUUGCAUCAGUCUAUAAUAAAAAUAUUUCUGUGUGUGUGGUUGUUAUAAAGAUCUUAAAAAUCCAAAUCAGUUUGUGAGCAGUUCAGUGCAAACAGAGGAAUAUGAUAAAUGUAAGGUCAUAUCAUACACUUUGACACAAACUGCCCUCAGAUAUGUGCAAAAAUAUUCACAAACUACACUCCAUAUACCUCUCUUAAGGCUCUGUCAAAGCAGUACAUGUUGUCAUUGAAGUGGGUUUUUUUUAACCCCCUUCUUCAUAUAUUCACUUUAUAUUCUACUCAUUAUUUCAGUAAAAUUACAAGGGAUUGUAGGCACCAGAGGAAGUGGAUCAACUAAAUUAGAAGAAUUCAUGAUGUGAGAACCGUGAAUUUCUGAUUUAGAUAAUAUGUAAGUUGUACCAAACCAAAAUAGAAUUGUAAGUGUAGCCGACAAUUUAAAUAUAGGGAUGUAAUCAAAAUCAUAAUUAAGAUGGUGUAGUCCUACCUCGCGCAUGCAUUAAUUGUUAAAUAUAUUUUUUUCUGAACUAAAAUGUGAAUAAAGUAAAUUAUAGAUAUAGAAGCAUUCUUA